AUAAAAGGAAAAAGGACACAACCAAAUUUCGAAGCUUUAGGUAUGGCACCAAUGGAAGAAGAGUAUUUUAGUGAUUCAAUGAAAGCUAACCUAUUGGCAUUCAAAGCUAAUAGGGCAAAGAUAAGAUAUGCUAAUACAUACAGACUGGAGUCACAUAAUAAAUUUCGGGAUUAUUUAGUAAGAGACAAAGCUCAAGCAAUAUUAACGAAUAAACUUCAACAAGCCAAAUACGGCGGAGUUUCUAGUCCCUCCUUGUGUGCUUCAAUCUCAGAAGAAAUAUUAAAGGCUGUGAAGGAAUUGGACUUUGACCGUUAUAAGUAUGUGGUAUCAGUACUAAUUGUCGAAAAGGCAGGUCAGGCAAUAAAUGUUGCCAGCAGAUGGGUCUGGGAUGUUCAAAGAGACACUUGGGUUUCGGCUAAAUGUGAAACUGAAACAUUUAUUGCACUGGCUUUGGUAAUGGCUUGUUAUUAUGAGUAA